UGGCGUCAUUUCCGCCAGCUGGUUUCCGGGAGACUGGUGGCGUUAGGCAAGAGCAGGACUGCUGAGGGUUCGUCAUGGGUUACAGUGGUCUAACGGUGCCCAUCAUCGUUCUCACCGUAUUCUGGGGGGUCGUGGGCGGCAUUGUGCCGUGGUUUAUCCCGAAAGGACCGAAUAGAGGUGUCAUUAAUACUAUGCUGGUGACCAGUGCUGUUUGUUGCUACCUUUUCUGGCUGAUUGCAAUCUUGUCCCAGUUGAACCCUCUGUUUGGACCACAGUUAAAAAAUGAAACAGUCUGGUACUUGUUCUACCAUUGGCCCUGAAUUCAUCACCUAAAAAAACUUCUAUGAAGUAGAGAAUGAAAAUAUCUUAAACUACAAUUGAUUAUUCUGCACCUGAGUAACUUAACCAAGCAACAUUCAACAGCAUGGAUCAAUUUGAAUUCUGCUUUGUGAUUUAUAAUGUGUUAACUGGAAUAGGUGAUGGUUGGCAGUUGAAGCUAUAAAACUAACAAGUUGAAUAUUUAGCAGCAACAUAGUGGUAACCUAAUUGUGUUUAGUGGCAGAGAAUUUUUAACAUUUUUUUACAACAUUUAUACCAAAGAUUUAAAACAGGUCAAAACUGAGGGGAAAUGAUAUGUAUCCGAUAGAUGAUUAUUUUGUGAUCAUAUUUUUGUACUAACGUGAUUCUAAAAUGCCUAAUGAAAUGUGGAAAAAGCUAAUAUCUUGUAGGUCUUGAUUUCAGUAAAGAACAUAAUUUAAAUCUUGGGAAAAUAAACAAUUUAAUAAAUUCUAAAAAAAAAUACACUGCAUAGCCUUUUCUUUAUCAAAUGGUUAUACAUUAUUACUUUGACAUUUUGUAAAUCCCAAAGUCUGCCAUCAAGAAAUUAAUUUGGCUUAAGAAAAUAUAGUAAUAUAUUCAUUGUAUGGUUCUUAAAUUUUUGGCAAAAGCCCGUGGUUUUUAUUGCCUCUUCAGAUGAGGCAUUUAAAAGUAAACUUAGGUCGUAUCUAAACAUGCACCAAAUAGUUUUUCUGUGAAGUGAAAAUUAACUAGCAAUUCGCCUGCAUGAAGUGAUUGCAUUACUGACUUAAUUUACUUCUGGCAGUCAUGAUUAGAAUUGCUAUUAGAGUAGAAUAGAUUCUGUGUUUUGAAUAAUAUUUGACAUUUUAUUGUAGCCAUGUUUGGGUUUGAGUAAUAAAGUAGUUAAGCUUGCUCAGUUGCAGUAGGAUAUAGAGCUAACAAGACAGCUGGAAAGUGAUAAUAGGAUAAAGUGACCUUGCACCACAUCACACUUGCCCCAUCAUUUCCUGCCCUCUCCUGGCAUUGGCCAUGCUAAACCUUUUGGUCUGAAUAAACUGAACCUCACUGCUAAGGCUGUCCUGUGAAGCAAAAUGGUCUGCAAAUAGCAUUUCUGUAUCAGUUAAUUUUUAAUAUUAUUGUGCCAGUUGUUAGUAUCUUUGAAGGAUUAAUGAUCAACUAUGAAUAACAAUAAGUUCAAAACCUGUUAUGCAAGGUUUCGUAAGCAUUUUGGGUUGUCUACUGUAUGCAUUCUCUAUAUUAAAUUGAACCUACAUGUAUUGGCAAAUUGAUUUUGUACUGUAGGCUUCAAUUGAAUAAGUUUAAACUUAAUUUUCCAUAAUUAUUAAAUCUUGUUCUAGUAAUGUAGAGUUUUAUGAUGUUACUCUCAACAAAAUUUGGAAUAGAGAACAUCAAGCAUGUUUCUCAAGGUAACUAACUUGUAUACUUAGUUACCAAAACAACCCAGCAAAGGAGAAGAAAAUUCAAAAUAGUCCUUGAGUCAUUCCACUGUAAAAUUUAUUUUCAUUAUGUCAAGAGAAUGAUUAAGAUCUGAAAAUUCAUUUGUGUAUCUAUUCAAAAAGAGUGGGCUCUGCUUGAUUAAAGACGAAUUUUGAGGAAUCUCAUAUAAUAAAAAAUGCUGUAUGUUAGGAAGUGCUCUAUUAAUGUAUAAUUUCCCUCAUGUAAGGACAAACGGGUUUUCAGAUCAUUUGGGUUAGCUUGGUGAAUCUAGAUAUGAACACGAGGAAUUAUUCCAAAAUUUAAAAUUAGUAGGCAUAAGUACACUGAGAAAAGGAAAGAUGACAGCAAAAGAACAAAUAUUUUAGUGAUGCAGUUGAAAAGGAAGUAUUCCAUAAAUUACAGGUUUCUUGCACAUGGUCAAACAGGUGUAAGAUUAUAGCUGAGAAUGUGUUGGCUGAUGAGCAAGUUAAAAUAAGCGCACUCCAUAAAUAGGAAAAAUUGUAUAUAAAAGUGGAAAGUUGUGCAUGUUAUUUAAAAGAUUUCUGGUUCGAAAUAAUAUCUGAAAUUUUGGACAUACUGUUAAUGCACAUUUAAGCCACUAAAAACUUUGGAUGUUACUGGCAGGUCUGUGCAUGUGUUUUCUAAGUGUUGGUGGGUUUGGGAUUUGUGAACAAAAUUAUGAACUUGUCUACUGCUCUUUAUUCCCUCUGUCAUAACAAUCUCAUUAGUCUCACUCCUCUCAUAUCCUGUGCUCCUGCAACUUAUUCAGUCAUACAUGAUCUUGGUUUCCUUUUUCUGUUAACCACUUUUAACAUGAACCUAUAGUAAGGGCCAUACACUAGUUAGUUAACUUACCAACGCACUGCAAUCUGCAGAAGAAAACUGGAGCACCCUGAGGAAACUGAAUGCCACAGGGUGAAUGUCCAAUCUUCACACAGACAGGACCUAUCAUGUCUCUGGAGCUGAGACAGCAGCAUUAACUGUUGUGUAAUGGUGAAUUGUGUCAAAGUACACAGUAAAGUGGAACUUGAGCUUGCAGUGAUAGUGUGAACCUGCUGUAAAUUUCAAACUCUGUUCAGGAAUCUUUCUGAUAAGCCCGUGGCAGUUAAGAGCUGAUACUGAGUCAUUUGAAUGGAGAAAUGCUACAAUGUGAUUGAGUUAAAUGUUUUCUUAUGAUUGUAAUUGGGGGAGGGGGUGUGGAGAUCAUUGAUGCAUCUAAUAAUUUUGAACACUUGAGUGUCGAAGAUGUUCAAAAUUUUCAAAUUUUUCCAAGUCUGACAAGUCUAAGGAUUAGCCAACUAUCAGGCUUUUCCCCUGAGCUGUUCAUGGGCAAAAGGUCCUUGUUUUGGACUGGAAUGGCCUUGUUACAGCAACUCUGGAAAAGUUAGAUCUGGAAAAGUUGAACUUGGAUCUGGAAAAAUUGCUUUCAAACUUAUUAGGGUCCGAGGUAAGCUCAAGUAGCUUCAUUGGCAGCAUUUAUUGGCAAGCUAUGGGUAUGAGGGAAGGCUGUUUCAUGAGAAUGAUUAAGGAGAAUCUGGUAUUUCAAAAUUGAAAAAUAUUUUAAAUGAUAAGCAGUGAACAGCUUCCAUGGAGUACCCAAGAAUUGUGGGGAUGAGCUGGGAAUGACUUAAAGUGGAAGUUGAAGAUCAAUAAUUAUGCAAAUAGAUUAGAACCAGAUUGUUUCAGAAGUUGUCAGCAAUAUAUGUAACCCAAAAACAACAAAUAAAACUUGUUGGAAAUAUGAAAAUAAUGGAAAUACAAGUAGAAAGCCUGUGGUCUGGCAUUCCGCAGUCAGCAGCAUACUUUGAAACUUGUAGUAUCAUGGUAUAAUAAUUAAUCCUAACUAAGACCUAAAAUUAACUAAUAUCUGUACUAAUGUGUUGCUAAUUAACCUAACUUCUGCAAUUACAUCUCACAGGAUUUUUGACUCAAAUUUUCAGCUUUGCACAGUGCGCUGAACCCUUGCAUGGCCUGGGGAGUGUCUGGAUCAGAGGAAGAUUGGGGGCAACUUCUUUCGUCUGUAUUUUCUGUGAUUUUGGUACUAGUCAGGUCUUAAAGGUGCCAGCCCGGAGUGUUUCAACCUGUAAACAGUUUAAACCUGUAAACCAUUUCAAAAGCAUUUGUGGCAAGAGAAGGAAUCAUUUUCAGGUUGAUGACCUUUGAUCUGAAAUUCUCAAAGGUUGAUCAGAAACGUAAAUUUCCUAUCUCAAAUCUGUUGGUUAUUGCUGUGGAAGUUGAGCUAUGGCCUGUCAGUAAAAUGAAUCUGUAUUAUGCCUUUUCAAUAAAAUAAUUCUAUGGUGCUUCAGGCAAGAGUCUCGGGAGUGAAGGGCAUAUUCUGAGAAGAAUAGAAAGGGAGGGAUUUGUGAAGGGAAUUCCUGAAAGUAGUUGGUGUCAAUCAUGAAAGAGCAGUAAUGCAAAUAAAGCUAGAAUUUUCACAACAAAGUGAUUAAAAUUUGUUAUUUCUUAUUUUUUAAACCUACUUUGAAUAUGUAUUUGGCUUCCAUGAUUUCAAUAUGUAUAUGUCUACUGAAGCAGAUACUGUCUUUGACAUGUCACUGUAGUUAGAGUGAAAAACUGUAGAAAAGCCAAUGGAGAGAUUCCAUUCGAUCUUCAGUAAGAUCUCCAAACAGCAGUGAUUGUGAUUAUGUUUUGGUUUAUGCGUUCAAAGAGAACCUGUAUUUUUGGCAUUUUAUCUAAAAUGCAAUGAUAGUCAUAGUCGAAGGAUACUACAGCACAGAACCGGGCCACUUAGCCCAUCUAGUCCAUGCUGAAUCAUUAAUCUGCCUAGUCUUAUCGACCUACAUCUGAACCAUAGCCCUCCAUAGUAUUCCCAUCCAUGUUCCUGUCUGAAUUUCACUUCAAUGUUGAAAUCUACCCACCAUGCACCACUUCACUGGCAGUUUGUUCACAUUCUCACUACCUUCUGAGUGCAGAAGAAACCCUCAUGUUCCCCUUAAACAUUUCACCUUUCACCCUUAACCCAUGACAUCUAGUUUUAGUUUAACCCAACCUCAGUGGAAAAGCCUGCUUGUGUUUACCUAUGUAUAUCCCUCAUAUUUCUGUAUACCUUUAUCAAAUCUCUCCUCAAUCUUCUAUGUUCUAAAGAAUAAAGUGCUAACCUAUUUAACCCUUCCCUGUAACUCAGGUCCUCAAGUCCUGGCAACAUCCUUGUGAAUUUGCUCUGUACUCUUUCAACUUUAUUGACAUCUUUCCCUUAGGUAGGUGACCAAAAGUACACACAGUAUUCCACAUUAGGCCUCACCAACGUUUUAUACAACUUCAACCCCAUCUCCUGUUCUCAAUACUUGAUUUAUGAAGUCCAAUGUACCAAAAGCCUCCUUUGUGACCCUAUCUGCCUGUGCUGCCACUUUUAAUGAAUUGUGGCCCUAUAUUCCCAGACCUUUGUUCCACCACACUCUUCAGUAUCCUACCAUUCACUGUGGGACAUCCUGGUUGUUCCUACUGAAGUGCAACACAUCUCACUUGUCAGCUUUAAAUUCCAUCUACAACUUUUCAGCCCAUGUUUCCAGUUGGUACAGAUCCCGCUGCAAGCUCUGAUAUUCAUCCUCACUGUCUACUACACUCCCAAUCUUAGUGUCAUCUGAAAUUUGCUAAUCCAGUUAACCACAUUAUCAUCCACAUCAUUCCAUAUAGAUGACAAACAUCAAUGGACCCAGCACCAAUCCCUGCAGCACUCCACUAGUCAUAGGCCUCGAGUCAGAAGCAACCAUCUGCUACCACUCUUUGCAAAGCCAAUGUCAAAUCCAAUUUACUACUUCCUAAUUGAAUGCUAAGUGACUGAACCUUGACCAACCUUCCAAGUGGGACCUUGUUUUAGGCCUUGCUAAAGUCAAUGUUGACAACAUCUACUGCCUUGCUUUCAUCAACUUUCCUCAAAACUCAGAUUGGUUAGACAUGACUUACCAUGCACAAACCCUUGUUGACUACCCCUAUCAGUCAUUGUUUAUCCAAAUACUUAUAUAUCUGGUCCAUUAGAAUACCUUCCAAUAAGGUUCCCACUACUGAUGUUGGUUUUUCCAGCCUAUAAUUUCCUGGCUUGUUCUUUGAGCCUUUCUUAAAAAAAGGAACAACAUCAGUUAUCCUCCAAUCCUCUGGCACCUCACCUGUGGCUAAGAAAGUUUUAAAUAUCAGUGCUGCAGCAUUUGAAACCAUUAUGUAAACAAUAUGGUGAAUCUUAAUGCUUUAAAUAAAACUCUGUUAAAGGGAGCAAUCAAAAUUAGUUAAGAUUCAAGUUUCUUAUGCAUAUUUUGCUUUUUGUUAAAUCUUAAUGUAUUUGACUCCUGUCUGAAUUUAAUAUUAUACAUGAACAAUGUGCUCUUUUAAUUUUGGGUAGCUUAGAGAUCCUUCCACUUACAUUCUUAAAACCUGACCUUCACUUCCUAGGCUUUUGCCAGGAGCACUGUGGGAUUAUUUUAUUGAAAAGGCGCAGUACUGAGGAGCCAUGGCUCAACUAACUAAUGGAUAAUUAUUUGAGAUAGAAAAUUAAUGUUUAUAAUCAACCUUUCAGAACUUCAGAGCAAGGUAAUCAAUCUGAAACUGCUCCCUUUAUUUGCCAUAAAUGCUCUAUUAGUGUUGAUUCUAAUAGGGCAUAUUUAUUGAAUUGUCUUUGGUACACUAAUUCUUCAGGCCUUUAUGCUGUUGCUGUUAGUUAGUCAAAGGCUACUGAGCUUUAACAAAAUUCAGGAGAGAAAAUCCAUUUCUAUCCAAAAAUAAUUACUGCAGCUACAAGAUCUGGCAAGAGGAAAUUGUUUUUCCUCAUUAAUAGUGUAAUACCAGUACUGAAAAAUAAAUACAAAAUUGGUUAAUUCCUGAGUUGAGGGUUUUCUUAUGAGUGGCUAAAGAAGUUGUAUCUAUAUUUUUUGCAGUUUGAAAGAAUGGAGAUGGGGAGUGAUCUUAUUGAAAAAUAGAAGGCAUAUAAUUAGUUAGUGGUUUCAGUAGUGGGAGAAUCUCAAGCGAGGGGUCGUGGUUAUAAAAAUAGUGGGUAGUCAUUUAAAGCUGCGGUGUGAGGAACUUCUCAGGAUGGUGAAUCUCUAGAAUUCUCUACCCUAGAGGGUUGUAGGGGUUAGAGCUUUGGGCAUACUUAAAGAGGAAGUAAAUACAUAUAUGAAGUAUUAAGGAAUUGAGGGCUGUGAUGAACUAGCAGGAAAGAUGGGAGGUAGAUGGCAAUACAGCACCAAAGUGGAAAUAAAACAAAAAAGGAAUUCCACAGUAUUGUAAACCUGAGGAAGGAUGGUGUUGAGGAGGAAGCUGUCCACAAGAUUUUGAUCUGAAUAAAGCCAGUAUAGGGAAGAAGGACUAUGUUUCUUUUUUUUCUGUAGCUGAGAAGAACUGAGACAUCCCUUACUAAGCCAAAAUAGAUGAAAGUAGAAAAUAGUGAUAUCUAGGAAUGGUUAGAACAUGAAAGUUUUUGACAAGAACAGGCCAUUUGGCCCAACAAAGUUUGCCAAAUUCCUAUUCACAUAGUGUGUUGAAAUAACUAUUGAAUUUAGAUUUGAAAUUGCUCUCAACUACACAAUUAGGUAAUUUAUUCCAUUUGUCCACAGCCUGCUGUGUAAAGAAAUGCUUCCUAAUGUUGGUCUGAAAUCUCCCCUUAACCAGUCUCCACCUAUGGCCCCACGUACUUGAUGAUGGAUUAAGUUUGAAGUAGCAGCUGGAAUCCACUUACUUAUACCCUUAAUGAUUUUAAACACCUCUAUCAUGUCUCCUCUCAUUCUAUUUUGGCUAAAAUGAUUUAAGUCUUUCAAUCUUUCUUCAAGCUCAUACCAUGCAGACCUGGAAUGAACCUAGUUGCCUUUCUCUGGACUCUCUCCAGUGUCCUCGCAUACUUCACACAACAUGGAAACCGAAAUUAUUCUAAUAUGUCUAUCCAUGGCCGCCUCUACUGUCAAGAUGAAGCCACACUCAGGUUGGAGGAACAACACCUUAUAUACUGGCUGGGUAGCCUCCAACCUGAUGGCAGGAACAAAAAAAAAACACAAAAUGCUGGCAGAACUCAGCAGGCAUGAACAUUGCCUUCUCUAACUUCCAUUAAUGCCCCUCCUCCCCUUCUUACCCUAUCCCUGAUAUAUUUAGUUUUUUUCCCCCUUUUUCUCCCUAGGCUUCCUGUCCCAUGAUCCUUUCCCUUCUCCAGCUCUGUAUCCCUUUUGCCAAUCACCUCUCCGGCUCUCAGCUUCACCCCACCCCCUCCGGUCUUCUAUCAUUUUGCAUUUUCCCCUCCCUCUCCUACUUUCAACUCCUACUCUUACUAUCUUUCCUUUCAGUUAGUCCUGACGAAGGGUCUCGGCCCAAAACAUCGACAGUGCUUCUCCCUAUAGAUGCUGCCUGGCCUGCUGUGUUCCACCAGCAUUUUGUGUGUGAGGCCUCAUAAGCGCUUUACACAACUCAGUAGUGUACAAGUCGAGGCAUUCUCUUUAAGUGCAUUAUACAGCCCAACAGUCUAUUAGCCUUCCUAAUCGCUUCUGUGCAUUGUUUAAAUGUCGACAGUGAUUGAGUCUAGCAGGACGUUCAAAUCCUUCUCAUGCAGUGCACUUGCUAACUCAAGAUCAUUGUAUAUUUAUAUUUCUACUUCUAUGUGAAACUUUACAUUUACUUACAUUAAAUUUUAUCUGCCUGUUA